UUCUACAGCGAGUGUGGUUUGAGUUCUUCCUAAGAGGUGGCGUGCCUGAGGCUUUAUACCCGGGAGGAGCGUGUGUCACCACUGUACGCAAAUCCUGGGACGUUUGCAAACCAGCUCCGGGGCAGUUGGCCCAAUGCCCGGCCGGGCGUUCGAGGGCUCCGGCCACGCAGUGCUCCCGGGGCCGGCCGGCGGGUGGCCCGGUGGCCUUUAUCUCUGUCCCCAUUUGUCCUCUUUAUCUCAGGCUCUCCAGGAGGCCCAGGGGCGCGCGCUGCCUCGAGCUGCCCCCCAGGGUGCACCGCCACUUCAAUGCCCCGCAGGUCGCGGGCUGCUGCUCUUUCGAAGGCGGCGGAGGACCACGGGCGCCGGGUGCCCGCGCUGACUGGGACCCGCGCCCACGCCUGAGCCGCGCGCCCUUGGGCGCCGACGCCGGCGCGCCCGGCGCGUCCCUGUGCGCUCCAGCCCGGUUCUGGCCCUCGAGGGGCGGCCCCGGCCAGGAUGGCCCCGGGCCGGGCGCUGGCCGGGCUCGUGCUGCUGGCGGCCGCCGGCCUCGGCGGCGCGGCGGCGGGGCCCGGGCUGGCCUUCAGCGAGGACGUGCUGAGCGUGUUCGGCGCGAAUCGGAGCCUGUCGGCGGCGCAGCUCGGGCGCCUGCUGGAGCAGCUGGGAGCCGCCCCCGCGGAGGGCGCCCCCGAGCCCGGGCGGCUGCACUUCAACCAGUGUUUAUCAGCUGAAGAGAUCUUUUCCCUUCAUGGCUUUUCAAAUGCUACCCAGAUAACCAGCUCGGACUUCUCUGUCAUCUGUCCAGCAGUUUUACAGCAACUGAACUUUUACCCUUGCGAGGAUCGGCCCAAACACAAAGCAAAACCGAGUCUUUCCGAAGUUUGGGGAUAUGGAUUCCUGUCAGUGACAAUUAUUAACCUGGCAUCGCUCCUCGGCAUGAUUUUGACUCCACUGAUAAAGAAAUCUUAUUUCCCUAAGAUUUUGACCUAUUUUGUGGGGCUGGCUAUCGGAACUCUGUUUUCAAAUGCAAUUUUCCAACUUAUUCCAGAGGCAUUUGGAUUCAAUCCCAAAAUUGACAACUAUGUUGAGAAAGCAGUUGCUGUGUUUGGUGGAUUUUACAUACUUUUCUUUGUUGAAAGAAUGCUCAAGAUGUUGUUAAAGACGUAUGGUCAGAAUGAUCAUACCCACUUUGGAAAUGAUGACUUUGGUCCUUCUCAAGAAAAAACUCAUCAACCUAAAGCAUUACCUGCCAUCAGCGGUGUGACUUGCUAUGCAAAUCCAGCUGUCACUGAGCCUAAUGGACACAUCCAUUUUGAUAAUGUCAGUGUGGUCUCUCUACAGGAUGGAAAAAAGGAGCCAAGCUCAUGUACCUGUUUGAAGGGGCCUAAACUAUCAGAAAUAGGGACAAUUGCCUGGAUGAUAACGCUCUGUGACGCCCUCCACAAUUUCAUCGAUGGCCUGGCGAUUGGGGCUUCUUGCACCUUGUCUCUUCUUCAGGGACUCAGCACCUCUAUAGCGAUCCUGUGUGAGGAGUUUCCUCAUGAGUUAGGGGACUUUGUGAUCCUACUCAAUGCAGGAAUGAGCACUCGACAAGCCCUGUUAUUCAAUUUCCUUUCUGCAUGUUCCUGCUAUGUUGGGCUAGCUUUUGGCAUUUUGGUGGGCAACAAUUUUGCUCCAAAUAUCAUAUUUGCACUUGCUGGAGGCAUGUUUCUCUAUAUUUCUCUGGCGGAUAUGUUUCCGGAGAUGAACGAUAUGCUGAGAGAAAAGGUAACUGGAAGAAAAACCGAUUUCACCUUCUUCAUGAUUCAGAAUGCUGGAAUGUUAACUGGAUUCACAGCCAUUCUGCUCAUCACUUUGUAUGCGGGAGAAAUUGAAUUGGAGUAAUAGGAAGUGAAAGAUGGUGUUGUUAGUGAAGGCAUCUAAUAAAUAAACACUUCUCCAAAGGGGUUUUUAAGCUGAUGCUAUUUAGCGAAAAGAUAAUUUUGUUUUCAACUAUGGGUCAAGGAAACUGAUGAUUAGUUUCAGAUUGUGAAACAGACCAUUAUUUGUUGUUAACAAUGCUUCAAAAGGCUUUCAGUUCCAGCUGAAAAGCCUGGUGUAUGAGAUCUUUGGUAAACACCCACUUUUCCAUGUUUCAUGCAUAUUCAAAAAUCAUCACAAAGCAAGAAACAUGCAUUCUAUAAUCAUUUAGACACAGAGACCCAGAGAAGAAUACAGGCGAGGUUGUAUAAGCCUUUAAACCCCUAUGGUAGGAUCAAAAGUUCAGUGGUUUCAGAGUGGUUUUCUUUUAAUGAAUUUGUUCUGGUGCUUUCAUGAGCAAGUACAUUGAAAUGUGGAAGAGAAUCAAAACGUAUACAACACAGAUAUAAAUGAUUCCAAGGCCUUAACUAACCCAGGAAAGAAAGAUUGCUCACAGCUUUUGCUCUGUUUCAUAUUUCAGGUAGAGACUUGUAGGUUUGUUUUGAAAACCAUCCUAAAAUAAUAUGAAUUAUGAAAUCAAUGAAGUUUUGUUAGCCCUACUAAGUUCAGACUUUGAUACUUUAUCUCUAAGUGUAAAUUCUACUAGAUUCCCUAAAAAUCUAGAAUUGCUUUUUUAUGACUUAUGUUGUGAUUGCACCACAAGAAGUGUCAGAACAGUAUGUAAAGCUGAUGACAACUCAGUUCAGUGUACAGUGUGUUUGCUUUGUGAAGGUGAAGAAUAUGUUGGUUUGUAGAAAGAAAUGGAAUGUAAUUUUAAGCAAUUUAUUUUUAAAGAUGAACACAAUUAUUUAGCAGGGGAUAUUUUAAAUAAAUGCAAAAUAACAACUGGA